CCCCUCUACUGAGAACAUACUUACCUCCAACAACCCACAACUUCGUAACUGGAAAAGGAUCCGAUUAUAGCUCUGAGCAAAGAUGACCAGUAAUUGGGCACGCUCCCAAGGCCAGGGUUGGUUACGCAGCCUCUUUGGACAGGACAUCACAGAGCCUCUGAAGGAACAUCCACUGCAGAUCUUCCACAUACUCGAGGAUUUGAUGUCACACAAAGCCUCGUCAAAGGAUUCAGCCACCAAAACAGCAUCUCUUGUCGCCUCUCAUCCGGAUGCUUAUUGGGACCUUAUCGGAAUAUAUCUCGGCGCGGCUGUGAGGAUCGCGGAUGAGGACGCCCUGAGAGCACUUGUGGAUUACAUCGUAGAACUGGCGAGCCUUCCCAACGCUUUCAACGAGAGUCAAGAAGCGGUGGUCGUCGAUCACGUAGGCUACGCGGGUGCGUCGGUGCGGAUAGAACCUGGCGAACUACUCGCGAUGGGAGACGGAGGGAAGAAAUUAUGGAGGGACUUGCCGAAUUUCAGUAUGGAGAUAACGGAGCGCUUACAAGGGCCUGAGUUAUACCUUCACGACAUCCGUUCUCCGGCCAACUAUGAGACUGCAAAGACAUUAUGGAGGAAUUUCAACACUUACCUCGCCCUCCUUGCUACGAGUGCUAGUGCCCAAGAAAUACCAGUUCUCGCAAACAAAGUCAGACUAGCCUGCACGACCUUCAAGAUGGCGCUAGAAAACUCGCCCGAGACACGAGUGGGAAAGAAUGUUCAUCUGCAUGUACCUGCCGCUGCGGAGUGGUUCCGGAUUGCGGGAGAUGAGAUUGAAAAGUUAUGCAAGGAUGGGACGGAAACAAAGCAUCCAGGAGAUCUUUGGGUUAGCCAAGGGGGUGGAGAGGUGUGCGACAGUGCAAGGCUAAGCUUUUGGAAAAAGAGGAUGUUGGAGUUGGGGUACAAGUAGGCAGAAGAAAGAACAUAAGUUUCAGGCCGCGUGCAACUACCCAAGUCUGAGGAUGUUAUCAAUGAAAGCUUAGGUUAAGCUACUAAUGAUAUUGGAUCUGUUCAAAUACAUUUUCAUAGCUUAGAGCGGCGCCCAUGCCUCAGUGUUCCUUGGAUUCCCUCGACAACUACUUUAUAGACUAGGUGGGACGCCUCAGAUGGUAGUAUUGAUGCGCCCAGCAACAAUCAAC